AUUCGCCCACCUCAUCUCCCUCUCCCGCCCCGCCUUAGAAAAAGAACACGAGGAGCGCGCGUGCUCCCCGGCCCCGCGGCAGGCAGACACGCAUCGAUGGGCAACUGCCAGGCGGCGGAGACGGCGACGGUGCUGAUCCAGCACCCGGGCGGCGGCCGCACGGAGCGCGCCUACUGGGCGCUCUCGGCGGGGGCCGUCAUGGCGGCGAACCCGGGCCACUACGUCGCGGCCGUCAUCACCGUCCCGCAGCCGGGCGGCGCGGGAGACGACGGAGCUGCCUCUGCCUCUGCCGCCGCGCCCGUGAAGCACCUCAAGCUGCUCCGCCCCGACGACACGCUCCUGCUCGGCCGCGUCUACCGCCUCGUCAGCUUCGAAGAGGUGCUGCGGGAGUUCGCGUCGAAGCGGCACGUGAAGCUGAGCCGCGUGACGGUCCGGGCCAAGGACGAAGGCGAGGACGUGAAGCCGGCGCCCAAGCAUCGCCGCCGUCGCGCCAGCGGCGGCGGAGAGCGUAAGGAAUCGGAGCGGUCACUCGCCAAGGUCAUGGGGCAGACGGAGGAGCAGCUGGUGCCGGAGGCAGGCCCGGCCUCGGGCCCCGCCCCCAGCUCCUCCAAGCAAGGGGACGCCGACACGCCGGCCGGCCUCGACGCCGACCUGGAGGCGCUCCUGCAGCCGCACGGGGCGUUGCUCGGCCGCCGAGCCGGCCGGCAGUGGAGGCCCGCGCUGCAGAGCAUCGCCGAAGGCGAAGGGUAAAGGGGGGCGGGGCGGCGGGCGCCACCAGCUCGACCGUUCGGUCCGCGGUCGGUGAGCAGCCGAGCUCCGUCGUCUCCGUCUCCGUGCAAGGUCAACUGCAACUUGCGAGGCUGACAGCGUAUUGUAAAAUAAGUUCAUUGUUAGCGCGCCCGACUGGUGUCCAGAUGUGUAGCGGCAGCAGUUGGCUAAGCAUAGCACUAGACUAGUAUAGUAGUAUCCAUGCAUGGAUUUGAUGGUGUGUUUGUAAUAAGGUAAGUAGUAUACGGUAUCGCAUAAAAUCUUUAUCCUGUUC